UAUUACUUGAAGGAAAAAACAAAUCGUACAAUGUUUUACUAAAUUAUUGAUAAUUAAUGCUAUUGAUUAUUUCUAAAAAAUUGCCGUUAAUUAUUGGUGCAGUUUUAUUUAUUUAGAAAAAUGUUUGCGGCUGUUUCAAAACCUUACAUACUUAGAGAUUAUCUUAGUGGAGAAUUAUAUGAGAAUGAUAAAAAAUUAACUGACAAAGUAAUUAUUGUAACAGGAGCAAAUACUGGAAUUGGUAAAGAAAUAGCUCGUGAUUUAGCUAAACGAGAGGCUAAAGUUAUAAUGGCUUGUAGAGAUAUGGAAAAAUGUGAAAAUACACGCCGUGACAUAGUAGUAGAAAGUAGGAAUAAAUAUGUUUAUUGUAGACCAUGUGAUCUAGCAUCUCAAAAAAGUAUUAGGGAUUUUGCAGAGCAAUUUAAGAAAGAACACAAGAAAAGAAAGCUUCACAUUCUUAUAAAUAAUGCAGGAGUAAUGAGAUGUCCUAAGAUGUAUACCCAAGAAGGAAUUGAAUUGCAAUUUGGUGUGAAUCAUAUAGGACACUUUUUACUAACAAAUUUAUUGUUAGACACUUUAAAAGAUUCUGCACCAUCAAGGAUUGUAAAUGUUUCAAGUAGUGCACACAAGCGUGGCAAAAUUAAAUUCGACGAUUUGAAUAAUGAGAAAACCUAUGAGCCUGGCGAAGCAUAUGCACAGAGCAAAUUAGCUAAUAUUCUAUUUACAAAGGAAUUGGCAAAUAAAUUGAAAGGAACUGGUGUUACAGUGAAUGCCGUCCAUCCUGGUAUAGUACGAACAGAAAUAACGCGAUAUAUGGGAAUUUAUCAAAACUUUUUAGGUAGAUUGGCUGUAGAUACUCUUUAUUAAAACCAAUAGUACAUUAAAGUAUGACAUUCGAAGAAUAUUGUAUAAAAUUUUCACGGAGAAAUAUUAAAAAAUACGGCAAUGGCAAUAAUUAUUCGGACGUGUCUCGGAAAAAAGUAGAAUUGCUCAUAACUUGGUGCUGCAUCAUCUGAAAUCAAAAACUCAAAGUUCAUUCGUUAGGUAACAGUUUUCCCCAGGUAACGCUGGGAGGGUUUUUCGAAAUUUCAAUUUUUCACUUUUUUGGAACACUUUGAAGGGAAAAUUAGCCGCAAAUUUUUCAACAAAUUUUCACAAAAUCGGCUAAUGACAAUAAAUCAUUCUUUCAAGCAGAAGGAAAACAAUUAAUGCUUUUGAAUUAUAUAGCUACCUCUUGUCCUCUCCCUGAAUCUACCUAGAAGGAGUUUACCACUCAACAUCGUUACCCUCCGCCAAAUACCAACAAUAAGAAGCUGUCCCUUGAUGAUAAAAUAUAUUCAAAGCCAACGAUAUUUACAAUAUAAUCAUCGGAAUAGCUCAAGCGACCGACAACUAUAUCGAUCAAAUAUUUCUCUGCUGUACUUACUAUAUACUUAAUACGACGACUGUGUAAUUAAUGCGUAAGAAAUAAUAAAGCGAUGGUAGAUGUAUCGUUCAAUGUUUCAAUAUAUAAUUCUGUAUAAAGUAUAUCAUUCUUUCGAAUAUAUUUAAGCGGUAUAUGUACUUCGAAUAACUCAUAAUUAUAAUAUUAUCGAACUUCUAUGAAUGUAAACACAGAACAUAAACUACCACCCGAGACGAUUAUUGCUCUAAUAGCCCAGUGGUGAUAACCAUGUAACCCAUAUAGAGGUAACACAUAAAUUAUUAUUUAUUAAAGAGCGUAAAUUUAAAAAAAAAAGCAAUGUAUUCGCUUCCUACUCGACGACUAAUAAUAAAUUAGAAUCGCACUUUCCUCCAACUCUGUUGUCAUUGUAUAUUCUCAGAAACAUUCUCGGACUUUCCGUAAUUAAGAAGGUUUCGCAUACCUGCUGCACAAUACGUCUGUCCUUUAAACCGUGUUUCAUACACCAAACAAAUCAACAACUGCUUAGGCUUUACCAGCCUGUUAAUAAGGGGGCCCC